AUGGUGUCAUGUCCCAUCUGCGCGAAAAACGUCAGAGAAGCCAACAUCAAUGCUCAUAUUGACUCCAACUGCGAGAGCUUUGUUGUGGAUGAAUCAUCGUCGAGCCAGAGCGACUCCGCGUCCUCCUAUAAAAACGGCAAUGGCCCAGUGUCCAGUUUCUUCCAGCCGUCUUCUGUACGCAAGGCGAGCGCCACUACCACUCACUCUGUACCCCCCUCCACGCCCUAUCGGCGCAAUGGGUCGUUGAAGCAACAGCCGUCGACACCGGCACAGGACGAUCUGAAGCGAAAACGAACGGAACCGUCGUCGACGACAGAAAUGGAAACAGACACUGCUUCCAAACGAUCCAAGCCAAAUGCCUUUCAGCGAGCGGCCCCUUUGGCUGAGCGUAUGCGGCCCAAGUCUCUCGAUGAAGUUUGUGGGCAAGACCUCGUCGGACCCCACGGCAUUCUACGAUCAUUGAUAGAGCAGGAUCGCGUGCCUAGCAUGAUUUUAUGGGGCGGUGCAGGUACAGGGAAGACAACAAUUGCGAGGGUGAUUGCAUCUAUGGUCGGUAGUCGCUUCGUGGAAAUCAACAGCACAACUAGCGGAAUUGCCGAAUGCAAGAAAAUCUUCGCCGAAGCACGCAAUGAGUUGGGCUUGACUGGGAGAAAGACGAUCCUGUUCUGUGACGAGAUCCAUCGCUUUUCAAAGACUCAGCAGGACGUGCUUCUCGGUCCCGUAGAAAGCGGCGUUGUGACUCUGAUUGCUGCAACAACAGAAAACCCGAGCUUCAAAGUACAGAACGCUUUGCUCUCACGAUGCAGGACAUUUACGCUCGAGAAGCUCACCAACGACGAUAUUGUCUCCAUAUUGACGCGCGCUUUGAACAAUGAAGGCCCGAGCUAUUCACCGUCCGAGCUUGUUGACAACGAACUUAUCCACUAUCUUGCAACUUUCUCCGAUGGCGACGCUAGAACGGCAUUGAAUCUGCUUGAAUUAGCUAUGGGCUUAUCCAACCGCUCUGGAAUGACGAAAGACACCUUGAAGAAGUCAUUGACAAAGACCUUAGUUUAUGACCGAGCUGGCGAUCAACACUAUGAUACCAUCUCGGCUUUCCAUAAAUCCAUUCGCGGAAGCGAUCCCGAUGCGGCUUUAUAUUAUCUUGGGCGCAUGAUUCAGUCCGGAGAAGAUCCGUUAUAUAUCGCCCGUCGUUUGAUUGUCGUCGCGUCCGAGGAUAUUGGGCUAGCCGACAACAGCAUGCUAACUCUCGCCAUUUCUACGCACAGCGCAGUGGAGAAAAUCGGGUUACCUGAAGCUCGCAUCAAUUUAGCACAUGCCACGGUUGCAAUGGCUCUCUCAAAAAAGAGUACGAGGGCGUAUAGAGGCCUAAACAAUGCAUUUGGAGCAUUAGCAGAACCUGGCGUUGCGAGCUUACCGAUUCCGUUGCAUCUUCGCAACGCGCCGACAAGGCUGAUGAAAGAGCUUGGGUAUGGGAAAGAAUACAAGUAUAAUCCCCAUUAUAAAGACGGCAAGGUGGCCCAAGAGUAUCUUCCUGAAACUCUGCAAGGGAGGCGAUUUCUCGAGGAUAAUGAUCUAGGCCAGCUAGAGGACCCUGAUCUGUUGGGAGAGAGUACAUGA